UUUGUAGAGGUACUCCUGUGGUGCCUGAUUGGAUCUUUCAAGGGAAGUUCUCUAGGGACCUGAGGGUAGCAGACCCAGCCCCUGUCCCAGCCUUGCCAUUGGUCCCAUUGCUGUGCUCCUGGGACUGCAAAGUGUAAAGGAAUGGACGCAGUUUCAUACUGGAGGGAGGUAGUCCUUGUGGUUUCACAAUAGCCAAUACAGACAGCAAUUUCUCCAUACCAAUGAAAAUGUGUGUAUUUGUCUUGGCUCAGUUUUUUCUUUUACUUGGUCAGUUUGCAAACCUAAGCUGGAAUCCACCCUUUGGCAUUGUGCUGUGAGACAGUGUUAUCAAAAGCAGCAUAUGUCGUAGCUACAAGCUCUUGACAUUUUUCUGCAACUACUUGAGGGGAGGAUUGGCAUUUUUUAACAUCUAUAAAUUCUUCCUACGCAGGUGCAAUGUCAUAAAUUCAAGCACAGUAUAUGGAAUGGUUUAUUGUUUUUCUUUUCUUUUUCCCUCCCAGAACACCCUAUGAAGUCCCAAAGCACAUACCAAUGGAAGGCCCUUUGCAAACCUUCGUUCAUGUGUGCCAUGAAAAUGGUCAAUGGAUGUCACAGUUACCAGAGAAGCUCUGGGAUAUUCCCCUCUAUAACUUAGCUCUUCCAGGAAGUCACGACACUAUGACCUACUGUUUGGAUAAAAGCUCUGCUGUUAGUGCCAAUGAGUCCAAGUUGGUGAAGUUUUUAAACAAAUGUCUGCCCUGCAUUGUGCACCCCAUUAUCAUGAAGUGGUCUAUAACACAGGUCCUGACUGUGACAGAGCAACUUGAGGCUGGAGUUAGAUACCUGGAUUUCAGGAUCGCCCACAAGGCUAAUGAUCCUUCUAUGAAUUUGUACUUCGUGCAUAUGGUUUACACAACUGUUACUGUGCAGGAUAUUCUGUGGGAAAUAUUGAGGUGGUUAGAAACUCAUCCUCAGGAAGUUGUUAUCAUAGCCUGCAGGAAUUUUGAUGGAUUAACCAAAAGACUUCAUAAUCAUCUUGUUGCCUGUAUAAAAGAGAUUUUCCAGUGUAAACUGUGUCCUAGAAAUGUGGUGCCAACACUGCGGACCAUGUGGCACCUCGGCCACCAGGUUAUAGUCUCGUACGAAGAGGUGGUGGAACUGGAGAAGCACUGUGAGCUGUGGCCCCCCAUCCCAUACUGGUGGGGAAACAAAACAUCCACUCGUGCUCUUAUCCGGUAUUUGGAGCGCAUGAAGCGCAUGGGCCGGCCAGGAAAAUUCUUUGUGGCAGGGAUUAACCUGACUGAAAAUUUAAGGUAUAUUCUCGUACACCCAUUUGGAUCAUUGAAGAAAAUGACACUCCAGAGUCUUCCAUGUUUGAAAAUCUGGAUAAAGCAGCAGUAUCCAGGACCAAAAAAAAAAUGUAUUAACAUCAUUGCUGGAGACUUUAUAGGAAACAAUGAUUUUGUCAAAGAUGUGAUAGAACUUAACACAAAAAUUAAUCCUCCAUUGCACUGUCAAAGUGAAGUGGAACAAAUAGCAUUUAAUUCUCAGCUUCUUAAUCUAUGAAAAGUUGAAAAGGCUUUGUCUGCAUUUAUUGUGCCCUGCUGUAAACAUCCUGAAUCCCAUAAAGGUCCACUUAAUUUAAACCAGGAAUGCUUUCAGGGCUUAGUAGGAAAAGGUCUCUCAACACCAUCAGGGUUUUGAAGCCUUUGGACAGAAAAGAGGGCAGGUACCUUGCUGAAGUCUCUAAAGAACUAUGGCAUAGGUGUAAUUUUUUUUGGAGAUGCUCUGAUUCUGUAGCAGCUGGCACAACUGAAAGUCUCAAGAACUCAAUCUUAUUUUACAUAGGACUAAGAAGGAGGAAAAUGUAAGUAGUUGCAUGAUUUAGUGGUAAGAUUUUAUCUUUCUUAUAAUUGUAAGGAUAUUCUGCACUAAUUGCAACCCAAAUUCUUACUCUUUUAUAUCAGUCUGAAAUUGACUUGCUGAUUUUCAUAGUUUCUGUUAAAUAAACAAAAGGAACAGUUUAAAAUACUUUUGAUAUAUCAGAGAUGAUGCACUGACAAUCCAAUUUGAAAUGAUCUUAUACAUACACACCAAUGCGCUGAGUAUCAGUUGUGAGCUACCUUACAAACAGGGUAGCCCCAAAAUUAUUUGGAAUUUUUAAAAAGUAAUUGAAUUUGCACUUAGUCACACCAGUUCUGCAGGGAUAAAGAUACCAAAACGAGGCCCUUUCACAGUUUGUCAGUGGCAGUUAAACAUUUUACUAGGUGUUGCCUAAGUAUGCCUUACUCUGAAAAUAAACACAGAGGAAACAAACUCCUGAUCUUAACUUAAACUGCCCUAGAAAUACAGAUUCUUGGCUUCUAUCAUGCUCAUUUGGGGGUUCACACCUGGUCUUUUAUUUAGCUAUUUUAGUAGCUCUGCAAUUAUUUUUCCUCUCACUAAGUAGCUUUUGCGUGUGUCAAAACUAAGAGGUUUAUGCUAUUUCCCAUUGCAUACUAAUUCUGUUUUUCUAAAUGAACUGUGUAAUAACAGAUCAUCAUGAAAGCAAGAGAAAUGUCAAGCAUCAGGACUAAAAUAAAACCAAUUAUUGUUUAAAGUUCACUAUGCAACUUCAUCCAUAUACCUCACUUUUUAGAUGCACUUUAUAUACAAAAGCUAAAUUCAGAUGUCUGCUAAUGUUUGCAGAAGUUUUUCUGCCCAUCUUUUGUGUCCUCUUUUGUACCUUUGUUAUUCUCAAUAAAACUUGAUCUCUCUCUGUAA